AUUUUUCCUCUUUUAACUCAUUUACUGCCAUCGAUAGUGAUAUGUAUAAAAUACAUUUAAACUGGGAUGGUUGGCAAUAAUCUUUUUAGUGCCAUUAACAUCCAAUCUAUCUUGACAGGAGAGGUGGCGGCGAUCCCAGUCAAAAGGGAUUAGACUUUAAUAUUACCAGAUUCAAGUCAAAAUAUUACAAAAUAAAGACAUAUGUUGUGAUACUAUGAGAAAAGUCACAAUAUUGCGAUGGAAAGUAAUGUUGCAAGAAUAAAGUCAUUUUGUAAUACUACAAGAUUAGUCGUAAUUAAACAGAUUAAAGUCGUAAUAUUACGAAAAGGAUCUCUGUGAAACCUCCCUGUCAAAAUGGAUUGGACGUCUACUGACGUCAAUAUCAGGCAUUUAGCUUAGAAGGUUGUUGACUUGUUCGCUUCAUUUCUGUGUUUAAAGUGGUAAUUUGAUAGAGUAACUGUUCAAUGCAAGGGCGUAGGUUUGGUCUCAACAUUGUUUGGAACGUUAUUACCGAAUAUGCACAUAAUGCAAACAAUGAUCCAAAUAAGGGUCACCUAGCAUGACUUCGUUGUUCCUUGUGGAGGCUGGCCUGACCACAGUAGUUUUGACUGUUAGCAAGUUUAAUCUUAGGCUAACUGUUGCAGGUCGGACUUUCAGUAGCAAAAUUAGUGGUGUUUCUCCCACCUCCACAACAUUGACGUCUUUUUACAUGACUUACAGUGGCAGCUGCUGGCCGGAAAAAAAAAACUUUUAAUAUCCUUCUUCUCUGAUGGGGGCGGCUUGUUGUCGACAUGAAUAUGUUGGGGUUGUGUGAGUGGCGGGACGGCGGGCUUCAAGUAGUCAGUCAAAGAAAUGUGCGUUUGAGGUGGGAAAAAAAUGGACCGGCACAUUCAGCAAGUGAAAAGGAAUAAAUGUUGUAACCUGGGUUCUACAGGUUGUAAAGAAGAAGUCCAGGUCAGUGGUGCAGAAAUGAUGACGAACAAAAUGAAAACUGGGACAUGUCGGAAAAGGACACCUCCAGUGUCGGACUACAUAAAAAAGCCACCCAACGCCUUCAUGUUAUACAUGAAGGAGCAGCGGCCUUUGGUGAAGGCCCAGUUCGUCAAUAUGGACAGCGCCUCCGUGAAUCGGAUUCUGGGGCAGAUGUGGAAGUCGCUGACAACGACGGAGCAGGAAAAAUAUUUCGCUGAAUCGGAGAGGCUUAGUGCGAUCCACGCCGCUACUUACCCUGGUUGGUCCUGCCGAAAUAACUACGGGAAAAGGAAGAAGAGACAAUGGGGCAAAGAAGCUACUCUUCAAAAUAACCCAAUCGAAUCCUUGAUCACGACUAACUUCUAUACCCCUGAGAUCCCAGUGCAAGCCCAUUUGCCGUCCACAUCCACCUGUGACAUUCGGUGCCUCUUCGGUGACAUCUCCAGUUAUGCAAAUUGUUAACUCCACCAAUGAUGACAAUGAUCUUUUUUUUUUUAGAUGUUUUCUUUGAUGUAUAGUGUUUAUGUAUGUUCCAUUGUAUUUUGAUUGUUAAGAUUGAAAGAGAAAUGUUUUUACUCAAUGAAUUUGAAUGAUUUUUAUUACAUUUGAAUGAUUUUUAUUACAUUUGAAUUAUUUUUAUUAAAUCUUUU